UUUGCGGGGAGCAGUGUGUAGUUACCUUCCUGUUGAGAGUUGACACACGAUACGCAAAAGAAUGGGAAGAUUUUAAGACUUUUAUAUUCACGUCAAUAUGCAAUUGAUUUAGUUUUUAAAGCAGACAAACGAGUAUCGGUUUUACUUUUUUAAGAGACUUGGACAUCUAAGUCUUUCCCUCAGGCUGUCAACAUGAACUCCGUACUAACAUCAGUACGAUCCCUCAUGCACACGUUUGAUGGCAAAGCAAAGGAAUUCACCGAUGAAAUUGAAAAUGUCCACAUGGUCUGGCUCGAGGAGAUCCAACAAGAAGCCAACCGCAUGUUCUCAAGGGAUUUUAAUGCAGAACCAGAAUUGAUGCCAAAAACACCCUCACAGAAAAAGAGUCGCAAGAAGCGUCUAUCUUCAGGGCAUCAGGAAGAGAAUCCAGCCAGGCGAAGAUUUUCAAAGGGAAAGCGCAGUAACCUUCGUGGUUCCGUUGUCAAAUCACUGAACUUGAUUACUGAAGAAGAGAUCAUUCCUGAGGCUUCCACCUCUCAGACCGACCCCCCCUGGCAGCCUAAACGCACCACCCGCAAAAACAACAAUAAACUACAAACACAGUCUGAGGAGGCAGAGGAUGUGAGCUUAAAACCUGAGGAGGUUCAGAACAAGAAGCCAGAGCUGGUAGAAGUGGACAAGCCAGAGCUGGUAGAAGUGGACAAGCCAGAGCUGGUAGAAGUGGACAAGCCAGAGCUGGUAGAAGUGGACAAGCCAGAGCUGGUAGAAGUGGACAAGCCAGAGCUGGUAGAAGUGGACAAGCCAGAUUACAUUUGUGGUGACGCCCAGUCCCCACCAUCACCCGAGGUUACUGUCAGCAUCUCUGCCUCAGACCGAUUGUCUGCAGAGAGUGUUAAAGAUGUGCAGGUCUCUGCAUGUCAUUCAGCUGCCAAGAUUGCAAUAGCGGGCGCAGCUCGGAGCUCACGGCAGAGCUCACGACGGAGCUCUGUGCGCUGCUCCCUCAAAGUACGCCACUCUCUGGCCGGUCUGCGGCACAGUAUGACCCUGGAGUCUGUUCGUCGCGCCUCACGUCGCUCCAUACUGAAGAGGCAGGUGUCUCGUAUGGGCAAUUCCAUAUGUAGCAGCAACAUUGAUGAGCACUCUUCUGUGGACUCGGUAGAGGGAAUGGAGGCAAUGCCAGAAGCUGUAAGUACAGACUCAGAUGAAAAUCCUGCUGCUGAAGAAUGUAUUGGAACUCUGGAGAGCCAGAUCAUCCAGAUCCCGCAACCGUCUUUCGGACGCAUAACUCGAUCAGCGGCCGCAAACUCUGCGGCGGCAUUAUCACCGUUUACAUCUGAACUCUCAGUGUUCACUCCCAAAAAGAAAACAGAGACACAUCUGAUGGCAGUUCGCAUGUCACGUCUUAGUCAAAAACGCAAAGCACCAGAUGCUUCAGAGGAAAGUUCCACAAAGAAGUACUCUCCUCCAAAGAAAAGCGCAAGUGCAAUGAGACCCCACAUGAAGUCUUUCCUCCACACUGUGCAGAAGAAUCAGCUGCUCAUGAUGACUCCAAAUUCCCUCGGCCGCCCUGCUGUUUUUAAAUCCUUCAUCAAACAAAACACUCCUCUGAAAAUGGAUCCAAAGUUGAGUUCUCGUAUAGUGACAAAAGAGCGUUACAAACUGGAAGCACUUCAGAAGAAGCACGAGCAAGAGGAGGAAAGGAUGAAGAAGAUGGAGGAAGAGAAGAAAAAGAAACAUGACGAAUUUAAAAGGAAGAGGGACGAGAGACUGAAGAGAGUGCUGGAGGCUAAAGUCAAAGAAGAGCAGAGGGAAGUAGAAAAGAAGAAGAAAACCGAGCAAAAAAUGAUUCAGAUUGAUGAGAGAAAUGAUAAGCGCCAGGUCGAGGAGAACAAGAAGAAGAAGUUGGCUGUUAAACGUCAAGAGGACCUGGAGCAGAGGAAGAAGCAGGAAGAGGAGGCUAAAACGAAGAUUCAGCAAGCCGAGGAAGAGAAGAAGCAGCAGGAAUUACUGGCCAAGAAGAAGGCCGAGGAAGAGGAACAGCGAACUCGCAAACUGGCUGAAGCUCGCCGAGCGCUGGAGCUGAAGAGAGAGCAAGAGAGAGAGAGGCUAGCUGCUACUGAAAGGGAGCGGGAGGAAAAAGAAAAAGCUCUCGUUCUGCAACGGGAACUGGAGAGAGCUGCGAGAGAGAAGGAGAAAAGAAUGGCGCUUGAGGAAAACCGAAGACUGGAGGAGGAGCAGCUGAGAUUAGCUGCUGUAGAGGUGGCUGCGAAAGAGAGAGAGGCUGCUGCUAAAAAGGCUGCUGAAGCACAGAAGGCUACUGCUAGCUUGAAUGUGACUGUGGAAAUUGAGCGCUCUGUAUUGAGCACUCCUGUAGGAAAAGGGGCUGGCUUAAAUGUGACCGUGGAUUUGGAGAAAUCCCCACAAUCAUACUCCCUCACUCCAAAGGGGCGAAACAAACCUACUACGUCCAAAACGGCAGAGGAUUAUGGGAUGGACCAAAACAGUGACGACUCAACUGAUGAUGAGUCUGCGCCCAGGAAACCUAUCCCAUCAUGGGCAGAAGGUCACAUGCUGCAGCAGAUCAUUGUGAAACAGUACUUCAACCCUCCUAAUUUUGAAAGCUUUUUGGGAAUAAUUGAACCACCAAAACUGGAAGCCAUCUUUAACAAGAAAAAGCCUCGCUAUUUUAAACGCACCAGCUCUGCUGUGUGGCACUCUCCUCCACAUGGAAGGAAGUAAUGUCUGUACACUGACACCCUUCACCUUGGACUUGAACAUUGCUGUGUAUUAUAAAUGUGAUGUGAAUGUUGAAAGUUUCGGCCAAGUGCAAGCUUUGAUUUUUAUAAUCUGUUCUGAUUGUAAAUGAUGGUAGAUUGUUAUGUUUGGGAUUUAUUAAAAAUGUAAUCCAGGUUUCAGCUUUUGAUUGUAUUUUAUAAUAAUGUUUCUGUAUUGUUGCUCAGUGCUAAAAUACCUGUGUUCAGGUAAUUGUACUAUAUUUACCAGGUGCCAAUAAUAAAUGUGUUUUUAUUAUGCGUCUUUAA